AUGUUACAGCAAUUUUAAGAGUUGGAAAAGCUGGGUUCAGGUUCAUUCAGCGAAGUUUGGAAGGUAAUUCGAAUUAUCUAAAUAGGUAAUAAGGAGAGCUGACCAUCAAAUUUAUGCAAUGAAGAAAAUAAAAAUGGGAACCCUUAAUGAGAAAGAAAAAUAGAACGCCCUUAAUAAAAUUCGGUUACUAGCUUCCCUGAAUUAAGAAUUCAUUAUAAGGUAUAAGGAGGCACUUUACAAUGAGGGUAUUGGUUAUAUCAAUUUCAUAGACACAUAAACUUUAGGAAUUAUUAUGGAAUAUGCAGAGGGAGGAGAUGUUGCAAAAUAAAUCACAAAUAAAUAGAACUAAACACAAAAGUUCCAAGAAUAAGAAAUUUGGUAAGCCCUGAUUUAGAUAACACAGGGUUUGAAAGAAUUACAUGAAAAAUUAAUAUUUCACAGAGAUAUCAAAUCAGCUAACAUUUUCAUUUCAAAUGGGGUUUAUAAAUUAGGGGAUUUAAACGUUUCAAAAAUAGCACUCCAUGUAAUUUAGUUUAAGUAAAUUGAGACUAUGCAUCACCAGAAAUUUGGAGAGAUGAACCAUAUGACAAUAAAUCGGAUAUCUGGUCAUUAGGGUGUGUUUUAUAUGAAAUGUGCAAUUUGCAUCCUCCAUUUCAAGCUUUGGAUAUGGAAGGCUUGUAUCAAAAGAUUUAGAAAGGAAUCUGCCCUGUCAUAAAUGGGUAUGGUAAUUAAUUAGUUUCGUUGAUUGGUUAAAUGUUGAGGCUUAAUGCAUCAGCUAGACCUAGAUGUGAUUAAAUUUUAAAUAGUAAUUUAAUGCAUUCUGAUUUUAGUAGAUUGUACAUCAAUACACACCCUCUAUAGCUAUUAAUAAAA